CAGUAUCUCUCUCACAGCCUGUGUGUGUGAAGAGUUAGGGACUACACAGGCUGUACAGAGUGUUGAGAGUGACUGUGUGUGUGCGUGUGGGUGUGUGUGUGUGCGUGUGUGUGUGUAUGUAUGUGUGUGCAGACUCCCGUGUUGGUGCGCCAUGUGUCUUUGACUGUGCUGACCGCGGCAGCCAUCCCGUCUACAGCAGAGACUUUCUCUGUAUGCAGAUGGUGUGAGCAGUCAGAGGAAAAGUUUAUAACAGCAGCGAGCUGAAGCCUCUCUCCACACACACUGAGUCAGCUGGCCACAGUCUAUGGAAGUGGCAACAGGAGGGGAGCAGCGGCACAGCUGAAGUACAGCUUCAGCCCCUCUCAGCCAGGGAUUUUUUCUUGAUGUUGGUUGUCUCUCCGUGUCUGAAUACCUGUCACUGGACUGGAUAUAACACUUGUGAAUCACCGCACGUCCGACCUGACAGCUUCUGCAGGGCUGCUCAUCUGAAUGAUUAGAGUUGCUGUCCAGAGCCGGUAAUGGAAGACCAGUCCGUGUCUCACAACAGUCCGCAGCACAGCGGAGGCCAAGCCCACAGCCAGGGAAGGUCAAACGUCAUCAGGUGUGGGUGGCUGAGGAAGCAAGGGGGCUUUGUCAAGACUUGGCACACUCGCUGGUUUGUGCUGAGGGGGGACCAGCUCUUUUAUUACAAAGACGAGGAGGAGACCAAAGCCCUGGGAGCCAUUUUCUUACCUGGAAACAGAGUUACAGAGCAUCCAACCAGCGGGGAUGAAGGUGGCAAAUUUCUUUUCGAGGUCGUUCCAGGGGGAGACAGGGAGCGAAUGACAGCCAACCAUGAGACCUACCUUCUUAUGGCCAGCACCCAGAAUGACAUGGAGGAUUGGGUGAAAACCAUCCGCAGGGUCAUAUGGGCACCGUUUGGAGGAGGGAUCUUUGGUCAGAAACUGGAGGAGACUGUGCGCUAUGAGCGUCGAUUUGGGAACAAGCUUGCCCCUAUGCUGGUGGAGCAGUGUGUGGAUUUCAUUCGGCAGUGGGGCCUGCGGGAGGAGGGCCUGUUUAGGCUGCCGGGACAAGCCAACUUGGUCAAAGAGCUGCAAGACGCCUUCGACUGUGGAGAGAAACCCUCCUUUGACUGCAACACAGAUGUCCAUACAGUAGCCUCUCUACUGAAGCUGUAUCUCAGAGAGCUGCCGGAGCCUGUCAUCCCCUUUUCGAAGUACGAGGAGUUCCUGGCCUGCACCAAACUCCUCAACAAGGAUGAGGGAGUGGGUAUGAAAGAGCUGAGAAGACUUGUAGAAAGCCUGCCUUCGGUCAAUUACAACCUUCUCAAGUACAUCUGCAGAUUUCUCGAUGAAGUCCAGUCAUAUUCAGGAGUGAAUAAAAUGAGCGUACAGAAUUUGGCCACGGUAUUUGGGCCAAAUAUUUUGAGGCCGAAGGUUGAGGAUCCAGUAGCCAUCAUGGAAGGUACGGUUCUGGUCCAGCAGCUCAUGGCUGUUUUCAUUGGCCAACACGAUGUGCUGUUUCCCAGAGAUGAGGACAGCCCCAUGGCGCUAGAGCUUGUCAACAACAAUCCUGAAUUGCCACGGCAACAAGUCACCACGACUACCUCCACCCUUACCACCGUGUCUGUGGGCCAAAACCAGAAUGCAGAGAACAACAACACACAGAUUGUCCGGCAGUGUGUUUGGGAGGCACCUGAAUCUCCCUCGCACCGACAGCAGGUAGACAACAAUGGCUCCCCGCGAUCAGCCAGCCCUCGUAAUGGUCUCAUAAAUCGCUUUGACCUCACCCGCAGCCCGCCACUGACUGUAAAAAAGAACCCAGCCUUCAGUAAAGGCAGUGGAAUUGUUACUAAUGGCUCCUUCAGCUCUUCCUCGCCCUCCUCAGAUCCAAAUCAAGGAAAGAGCCAAACCAUGCCCGGAGGUGGGACCUUGCAGACACGGCGCAAUGGAACUCUUAAAGGCUCAGGCACAAAAAUGGGCGUGGCGAGUGGAAACAACACCGGAGGGAGUGGGAGCGGAGUCAUGCGCAUGGGCGUCUCCAGCGCUGAUGUGGUCAAUGGGAGUCUGAACAGCCGCAAUGGUCUCUGGGUACCAAAUGGCUGUGUCACAUUACGGGACAACAACAAAACACGAGAUUGCCCCAGUGGGGAUCAAACGUCCAGUCAGAACCGUCUGUCCACGUACGACAAUGUCCAGUUAAACCAGCAGAACCUCCAGCAGCAGAACCAGACAGCCACCACGUGUCUGAGCAGCAGCUGUGAGGACAAGCAGAGCGUCGACAGCGCCACCUGGUCCACCUCCUCCUGCGAGAUCUCCCUCCCAGACAACUCCACUUCAUGUCGCUCCUCCACCACCACCUGCCCUGAACAGGACUUCUAUGGGGGUCACUAUGAAGACCUGGACGGACCAGCCCAAGAUAAUGAGCCUCCCCAGUCAGGCGGAGGAGGAGAUAGGGAGGGGAGAAACAGCAAUGGAGAGGGAGGCGGAGAUGGAGGAGGAAGGAGCAGUCGAGGCACCAGCAGUAGUGAUAAUAGUGAUGGUUUCCCUGUCAGUAAUGGGUCUGGCAACCACAGUGCUCUGUACAGCUUGGUGGCCAGCCUUAAACAGGAGAUGCACAAGCAGAAGGCGGAGUAUGAGGCCAAGAUAAAGAGUUUGGAGCAGCGUAACCUGGAGCUGGAGACGGAAAUGGUGUGCCUCCAUGAGGAGCUGGACCAGGAGAGGAAGAAGUACACCAUGGUGGAAAUUAAGCUGCGUAACGCUGAGCGCGCCAAGGACGAUGCUGAGCGGCGAAAUCAGAUGCUGCAGAAGGAGAUGGAGCAGUUCUUCUCAACCUUUAGCGACCUCACUGCGGCUGGUGCGACCCCAGCUGCUGAUCCCCGCCGGCCGGAGCGUAACAACACCAUCUGGAUUCAGUGAAGGAAGGCAGGAGCAUGGGCCGCUCUGAUUUCAUAAAAGAGAAUGGAAGAUUGAAGACGGUUUAUCGAGAUUUGAAGACGACGGGGGGUCCAAACAGGUUUUGGCUUUUGAUUUGAGAGGACAGGCUAAGAGGCCACAUUGAGAGGGAUUAUGGCAAAAGUGAGUUUAAGAAAGAAUUAAUGAAGUGUCGAGUUACCACAAGCCACCUGUACACCUAACACCUGAGGUGAUUUGGCUGAACAUGAACGUCAGUACAUUAUCUGUACAUGUAAGCUUAUUUUAACCGCUCAACUACCAAUGCAUACACUCUCCAGCCUCCUCUACAUCUGGUGUUAUUCAGUGAGGUGACGCUCGCUUGGAGCUGGAGUAAAGGGACAGUACACAGUAAUCUACUGCCAGCUAUUGCCGUGGUUUAACUUUACCUGCCAGAGCCACACAGGAGAGAAUGCAAAGAUUUCCAAAAGGUAGUCUACAACAAAAAAAAUGAUCGCUAACCCUGGACCUGAAAACACCGCAAGACCAUGCCAAAACUCUUGCCAUCUGUAUUCACCUUUGUAAUCCAACCAAAUAUAUAAACAACUUAUUGUUCCAUGUAAUUCUGUGCUUGUGUACAUAGAGGGAAACAAUGCUGACAAAAUAAGGUGACAUACUGUCUGUAUGUAAAGAGAAAUUAAAGUAAUAUUUUAAUGUUUAUCUUAUAUUUAAUAAGCAAAACUGUCAAUGUGUGAUAUUUUGAUUUUAUAUCAAGUUGUUUUUCUUGCACUUACAUGUUUGUUUGUUUGUUUGUUUCAGCUCGGUGGUACCGAAUGUUCUAUCAUUUAGUAUGUGCCAUUUGAAUUGGUGAAUAUAUUGUAUAUUUGUCUUUGUGCUGUUACAUUCACCCCAUGACCAAAAAGAGUACUGUAAAUAUUUUAUAGAUAAUUGUAGACACUACUUCUUAGUCUGCACUGUGGCUUUAAUCAUACUAUAUUGAGAAGGAUAUGACAUGGAUAUAAGUCGGUACUGGAGGACGCUUGUAGCUUGUAAACUAAAUUCCAAAACUUAACAAGCGGGUCAUUGUGACAGGUCCCCUUUAAAGCAUUCAUUUCUGUCAUGAAUUCAAAUUUGCAUUCAGAUGCCAGGAUAUAUUAUUCUCUCCAUUAAAAGUUCUGUAGUUGUCGUUCUGUGAAGGCUUUUAGGAAGUGCAGAGUUUUCCAAUUUGUUGUUUGUGAUAGAAAAACAGUCUCUGCCUCCAAGUUGUAAUGAGAUGCCAGUUGUGAGACUCUACUAGGCACUCCUCUGCCGGUUGAUCCACUUGUCACAUCUACCUGGUGUUAUUAUUAUUAUUAUUAUUAUUAUUAUUAUCCUCGCUUAACACAGGGAAGGUAGGUACGACGUGCCAGCGCAGUUUUGUGUAUGUGCAUAAUUACUGUGAACCCAAGGGGGUGAAAUCAUUGAGUGCAUCAAAGUUGAUGAGGACGUUGACGGCCAGGCGUUCAGCAGGAAGUACAUGAUGGUGCACACGAUGGUGCUUGCAUUUCAGAGUCGACGAGGGUCAGUGUACAAUAAGUAACUGUCUAUAAAGUGACUGUGAGUAUUGAUGACAUGAGUGUAUUUAUGUAGCUUUAAAAUUUUGUCUACACACGAUGUGGAUUUGUUAAUGGGUACAACAGAGGACACAUCUGAGUCUGGACAUGGGGCUGGACUUCUGUCAAAACGCAUUCAUGUGUGAGAUGCACACACAGACACACACACACCCACACACACACAUACACACACACAGAGCCAGUUGCACAGGCCUGCCGCUGGCUACUUUUCUUGUGGAGCCCAGGACCCGUAUAAGCCUGCUGCUGGUCUUUGCAGGAUCUCUGGAAUGUGCAGACCGAUGAAAAAAAGUGCCUGAACAACUGAAGGAGGGAGGGGAGCCCGGGCUUCUCAUUUUGCACCCUUCACCAGGAAAUAAUAGGCUUAAGCCAAGCUGACAGUGUCAACUCGUUCUGUGAAUUCCACACUAAGGAGCAGAUUACGGACAGAAUGGAGAGGCAGAAGAGGGGAGGACUGGCGUGGUGGAAUACUUUCAUGAUAUGAUACUUGACACACAAAGAAUUU